UAAACCACGUUUCUCCCCUCUUUCUUCACAUGAGUGGGGAAAGCGAGUGUUUAAUUAAAUAGGAAAUAGUUAAACUUGGUUAAAUAGACUGUUAAACUAGCAGUCUUUCUAGUUUUAGGACAAUUUAAAAAAAUGACACAAUUUCACGAGAUGGGGAUGGACGACCGUCUCCUUAAGGCGGUCGCAAAACUGGGUUGGAAGGAGCCUACAAUGAUUCAAGAGCGCGCCAUCCCGCUUAUCUUGGAAGGAAAAGAUGUCCUUGCCCGAGCGCGGACUGGUUCCGGUAAGACGGGCGCUUAUGUGCUCCCCAUUCUUCAGAAGUUACUCGUCAUCAAGAACACGGCACGAGAACAGAGUAUUCGUGCUCUUAUCCUCGCCCCAAGCAAGGAGCUGUGUCACCAAAUUUUGAAAAAUGUCCUUGAGCUGAGCUCCUCCUGCUCGAAGGAUAUGAAGGCGAUUGACUUGACCAGCACGAAUUGUGCAGCCACUUUGAAAUCACUUCUCGCCGAGAAGCCAGAUAUCAUCGUGACGACGCCGACGAGAGUGUUGUCCCAUAUGCAAAAGAAAAACCUGGAGGUGAAAGACUCCCUCGAGUUUGUCGUGAUUGACGAGGCUGAUCUCAUCUUCUCGUUCGGAUAUCAGGACGAUGUGAAAAAACUGAUUGGAUUUCUACCCAAUUUGUGCCAGUCGAUAUUGGCGAGUGCUACGUUGUCGGAGGAUGUCGUCGCUCUAAAAAAUAUGGUGUUGCACAACCCCGUCAUUUUAAAGUUGCAAGAGCCCCUGAUUCCGUCGGCGUGUCAGUUGGCGCAUUAUGUUAUUCGGGCCGAAGAGGAAGACAAAUACGUCCUAAUUUACGCCUUAUUCAAGUUGAGACUCGUUCGAGGAAAGUCUCUCAUCUUUGUCAACACGGUGGAUCGCAGCUACAAGUUGAAAUUAUACCUCGAGCAGUUUGGAAUCAGCACGUGCGUCCUAAACUCUGAGCUUCCACAAAUGUCGAGAUGGCACACGGUCCAACAAUUCAACCUGGGCGUGUACAAUAUUAUCAUUGCGAGUGAUGACAGGAUCGUGGACGAAGCUGGACCUAGUUCUACUGCUGCUGCUGCGGCUUCCAAAGAAGGCGAAGGUCACGACGAGGAGGAUGUUAAGGAUAAAAAACCUGAUAAAAAAGACGACAAGAAGAAGGGUGACAAUAAGCAGAAGAGACGUGAUAAGGAAUCCGGUGUAUCAAGAGGAAUUGACUUCCAACAUCUCUCAAACGUUAUCAAUUUUGAUUUUCCACUGGACUCGACCGCUUACUUGCACCGGGUGGGGAGGACGGCGCGUGGAAAUAAUCAGGGAGCAGCCUUGUCGUUAGUCAGCUCAAAAGAAACCGAGCUGCUGAAUGAGGUUGAACAAGCCUUGGCCGACCUGAGUGGGGAGGUCGACUUGAAAAUGAAGCCAUUCAAUUUCAAAAUGUCUGAGGUAGAAGGGUUUCGCUAUCGGGCCAAAGAUGCGUGGAAAGCAGUCACUCGAAUUGCAAUACGGGAAGCUCGAAUUAAGGAAAUUAGAUUAGAAAUGAUGACAUCAACCAAGUUGAAGUCAUACUUUGAAACCAACCCUCAAGAACUGAAAGCUCUCCGACAUGAUAAAGCCUUCAAGGUGGUGAAACAGCAACCCCAUUUGAAAAACGUUCCCGACUAUAUUGUUCCAAAGACGUUGAAACAUUUGCCAAUCAGUCGGGCAGGAGAUGGUGGACGGGCGUCAAUUUUUUCGGGGAAGGGUAACCAGCGGAAGAGGAAAGGAGGAUUCAACAAGGGUGCCGCCAUGAAGAAACGGAAGGAAUCUCCCCUUCAGUCAAUGGAGUUCAAAGGGCUGAAUAAGAAGAAACACAGGAAAGUUGCCGAUAACUUAGAGUAGUUAAUUUUAUUACUAUUUUUUUUUAAUUCGACACGGCUCCAUUUUUGUAAAAAUGAUUAAGUGUGCCCACGCGACGCUAUAUUAUAUCGUAUUAAGUAUGAUAAUAAAUUUGAUGACAGAUUAACUUUUCAA